CCCUGUUUAAUCAAUAUGGAUGAUAUUGAGUUAAAUGUAAACUGGGAAGACGUGAAUUGUCCUAUAUGUUUGGACUUUCCUCACAACGGUGUACUACUUCAGUGCUCAUCUUAUGAGAAAGGGUGCCGUCCUUUUGUUUGUGACACAGACCACUUACACUCCAAUUGUUUAGACCGCUUCAAAAGUGCAUAUGGUAUGUCAUCUCCUUCAAAACCAGUUGUGAAUCCUGUGGAAAAUACUGAGCCAAAGGCAUCAGAAGAUGAUUGCAAGCCUACUUGUCCUUUGUGUAGGGGGGAAGUUACUGGGUGGGUUGUUGUUGACAAGGCUCGUGCACAUCUCGAUGUGAAGAAGCGUUGUUGUGAGGAGCAUCGAUGUACAUUUAUGGGUUCGUAUUUGGAAUUACAAAAACAUGCUCAGCUGGAGCACCCUCAUUCUCGUCCUUCAAAGAUUGAUCCUGCUCGGCAGCUUGAUUGGGAAAAUUUCCAGCAGUCCUCCGAGAUCAUAGAUGUUUUGAGCACUAUACAUUCAGAAGUCCCUCGCGGGGUGGUUUUAGGAGACUAUGUGAUUGAAUAUGGUGAUGAUGAGACUGGAGAUGAAUUUGAGGACUUCCAUGGGGAUGAACGCAACUGGUGGACUUCCUGCAUCUUAUAUCAGGUUUUUGAUAACUUAAGGAAUUCUAGAAACAGAAGAAGGUCAAGAGUUGGUGACACAAGAAGAGGAAGUCGCCGAGCAAGCUCUGAUAAUUCAAAUUCUGAUGAAGGUUCUGUGACAUCUGUUGAAUUCCCAGAGUAUAGGGCAGAUGAGAUGGAUGAUGAGUUUAUGAGUACAACUGGCCCCUCCAGAGGUGGCUCUAGUUAUCGCAGUUCCCGUAGACGUCGUUCUCGCUUCUAUGACAAUUAGGUUUGUAGCCCUCAAGCUCUCGUCUUUCAUAUAAUAAACCGAAGUUACGGUACAUCUAUCAAUUUCAUACGACGUGUAUUGUAUCCUCUGGCAGGGCGUAACUAGAAUAGAAGAAGUGAAGGAAGGAAAGAAAGAACGAGAUCCAUGGGAAGACAGAGGAAGUGGAUUGGCACUGAGAUGGGAUGCUUGCUGUGGAUCUCAUCUCUUGAGUGGUUUUACAUGUAAAAGAAAAGCUACAUCUGGAUUGUACAUUGUUGAAUCUGUUAUGAGAUGUGCUGAUUGCUUCUAAUCUUAUUAGUUUUUCA